AGUAUAAGCAGUGGUAAAAAAUGGAUUUCACAAACAAAGUGGUGAUUGUGACUGGAGCAAGCUCCGGUAUCGGAGCAGCAUCAGCCAUGCUCUUCGCAAAACUUGGAGCCAAACUAACACUAGUUGGCAGAGACGAAAAUAGACUCGGAAUCGUUGCAAAACAAUGUGAAGUAGCUAACAGACUACAACCUUUGUGCAUCAUUAUUGACCUGACUACCAAAGGAGCCUGUGAAACAGUAGUUAAAAUGACUGUUGCUACCUACAACAAGAUCGAUGUUCUAGUCAACAGCGCCGGUAAAUGUCUUUUGGGAUCCUUAUUCGAUGACGCACCAGAAAUAUUCGAUGAACUAAUAGACAUAAAUCUUCGUGUUCCGUACAAAUUAUCGCACCUAGCACUACCUCACUUGGUCAAAACAAAAGGUAAUAUAGUAAAUUUGAAUACAACAGACAACUCUAGAGUAAGGCAUGGUUUCCUACCAUUUUCUAUAUCUAAAGCUGCCUUGGACAGAUUCACAAAAUCAGCUGCAGUAGAAUUAGCAACUGAAGGAGUCAGAAUCAAUUCAGUCCAGCCAGGAUUUACAAGGACAAACAUAUUGAAAAACCUGCAGUUUGACGAAGCUGAAGUGGAGCACGUUUAUCAAUGUUUAUCUACAAAAAUAAACAUUAUGCACGCCGAUGAAAUUGCAAAUAUGAUUGUUUUUAUCGCUAGUGAUCUCUGCCCAAGUAUGAAUGGUGUUCUCAUAAAACACGAUGCAGGCCAGACCCUUUAUUUCUACUAACAUUGUUUAAAACAAGUGUUUCUGUGUUGAUAACAAAUAUUCAUGCUCACGUCUUUUAUGUUAGUGAUUAAAUUUGUUUGUUGAUUGUUAAUGAAUAAAGGAACAAUUGGAGAUUUUGUAACUUGGAUGGGCAGUCAAGAUCGACAUUUCAAUUACUCCUCAGUUUUUCUUUUUUUCGGCAUUAAUAGCUGGUAUACAUAAUCUUGUUAUUAGUUCUGCCAAUAAACGCGUUUUAC